GCGUCGCUGGCGCGCCGAAACCUCCCACGGCGCCGCUGCGUCUGCGAACGCGUCUGCGGACACCUGCUGAACGCCCGCCGCUCUGCUGCGCAAGAGAGAGUCGUCUGCGCAGAAUGAGAUCACCCCUAUUAGCCUAUAUACCUCACUAGCAGGGAAAACGAUAAUGAUGGCCCCAUAUCUCUGGUAUCUACGGUAGUGGUAGAAGCGCCAUAAUGGACAACAGUACGUGUGGCAACGUAGCCGAGGUGUCCCUCGACUUGGACCCGGAUGCUGACGUCGAGUGCCCACCGGUGAAGGCCAUGGUGCUGGUUACGUGCGGUAACGUGAGCAGACCGAUGCCGUUCCUCAACGUCUCUACCGAAGUUCCCAUCGAGUAUGCACAGCCCAUGCUGGGCUACGCGAUGCCCUUCCUGCUGGUGAUCACCAUCAUCGCCAACACGCUGAUCGUAGUCGUGCUGUCCAAGCGGCACAUGCGCACGCCCACCAACGUCGUGCUGAUGGCCAUGGCGCUGUCCGACAUGCUGACACUGCUGUUCCCGGCGCCGUGGCUCUUCUACAUGUACACCUUCGGCAACCACUACAAACCGCUGGCGCCCACCAGCGCCUGCUACGCCUACCACAUCAUGAACGAGGUGAUCCCGGCGCUGUUCCACACGGCGAGCAUCUGGCUGACGCUGGCGCUGGCGGUGCAGCGGUACGUGUACGUCUGCCACGCGCCGGUGGCGCGCACCUGGUGCACCAUGCCGCGCGUGCUCAAGGGCGUGGGCUGGAUCGCCGGCUGCGCCGCGCUGCACCAGUCCACGCGCUUCGUCGACACGGUGUACGAGCCGUGCGAGGUGCCGUGGCGCGGCCAGCCCGCCGUGCCCGUGUGCGUGCCCACGCUGUCGCCGCUCGUCGAGGCCAUCACGCCCGACGUCUACUUCGUCUCCUACUACAUGUUCCGCGUCGUCUUCGUGCACAUGCUGCCCUGCAUCUCGCUCGUCGUCCUCAACGUGCUGCUCUUCCGGGCCAUGCGCGCCGCCCAGGUCCGGCGCAGGAUGCUCUUCCAGGAGAACCGCAAGAGCGAGUGCAGGAAACUUCGGGACUCUAACUGCACGACGCUGAUGCUGAUCGUCGUGGUGACGGUCUUCCUGCUCGUCGAGAUCCCGCUGGCAAUCGUCACCAUCCUCCACAUCAUCUCGAGCAGCGUCACCGAGAUUCUCGACUACUACGUCGCCAACGUGCUGGUGCUCUUCACCAACUUCUUCAUCAUCGUCAGCUACCCCAUCAACUUCGCCAUCUACUGCGGCAUGUCGCGGCAAUUCCGAGAGACCUUCAAGGAGCUGUUCGUGCGUGGGGCGGUGGUGGCCCACCGGAACGGCGGAAGUUCCAAAUACUCGCUCGUCAACGGACCGCGUACGUGUACCAACGAGACGGUGUUGUAACGACGAGACAGUUCAACCAUACUUCAAGUGAACGCCCCAUGCGACGCGUCGGCUCUUCCUCGUACCUUCUUCUGUGGCGUCAAUGGAACGCGUUUCAGCAUAACCCCCGCAACAUCACAUUAACUCUUCGUCUUCGUUUACCCUCUAUCCAACAUCUGGUCGGAUUGGGGUAUCCAUGGUACUCUGACGACAUUUCUCAUCUGUUGGAGUUUUAUUUGUUGCUCUCAGACGCUAGUUUCGUCAAAGAGAGGGGCCUGUUGUACUGUAGCGUACUAAGAUGGAUCUCCUCGGCUAGACGUUGACGAGCGAGUGUCAUUCUAACGCACAGCAGUUUCUUCUGUGACUGCACCGUUGACUUCCGCAUACAUCGUAAUUCACAAUAUCAGCAGAAGACGGUUCAGAACGUAGGCACCGCCGUCUUACUGUACUGACAACUUCAAUCGCAACAGUCCAACAGGGUAACUUACAUUUUUUACCUUAGUCAAUAUUAUUAACAAGAACUCUCCCCAGUUUUCAUGCCCUAGUUACACUGAAACACAAUGUUGCCAACCAAACAUGUCUCAGUCACAUCAAGCGACCGUGUACUUCAGACCAAGAUUCAAAUGUUCAUCUUUCCUCACCAGGAGAAGAAGAUGAAUGUGGCUGCAAGUAAAAAAAGAAAAACAAAAGGAAUUGCAUAAAACGAGCGCAGUUAUCGACUUUAAUACAAGGUACUCUUCACAUUAUACGUACACAGCCAUAAAAGUUAGUAACAUGCCCCAAAUUUUGUUCAACAAGAAAUUCAUAAUUUUCUGUAUUGUGCGGAUAAAUAAACCUAUCGACCAAAAUCCAUUUGGUGGUGUCUCCAAACAUACAUCCUCGAUUUUGAAUGAAAUGCCGUUAGCGGUUUUUCACUUUUAGUUUAUCAGAUGAUGCUUUGGAUGGUUCUGGACCAGUUUCUGUUAAGCGGUCAGGUAGACAACUAUAGUUUGAUAUUUAUCUUUCAGGUGUUGCAACACAGGUUUAAUUCUGCAAUAAUGUUCCCAAUCCAUUUCUUUUAAACCCUUUAAACGCAAGGCAAAGGUCAUAGAGAAGAGCGAACGUUUCAUUUCUUAAGAGACCUUCGACCACAUGAAUUUCAUGUAAAGAACCGUUUUUGGUUCUAUAUUCCGGCAUGGACUCCAUUAUUUUUCAGUCAUGUUCAUAUCACAUUUAGAGAGGGAUUGGUUUACACUAUUUCCCUCCAAGAACUCUUUACCAUGGUUCAAGGUCUAUAGGAUCACCACCAUCAUUCUCAUGUCAUUUACCUGUCCUUGUGGUCUUAUUUUGACAGAACCUGACUCAUGGUAUACGUAGUGGGAAACUGCUUGUAGCUUACAGCCAGUUCAGAGACGAUCAUGCAGCCUUAUUCAAUUGUUAAAAUACCGACCUUCACAAAAGCAGGAAAUCGGACAGGCGUCUAAAUUUAAGAAGAGUGAAACGUGUAAUGCCUCUUUAUAGCGCAACAUGCGCCAUAGUACAUUGUAUGUCCAGCAGAUGAGAAAUUAAUUUCGUACAGAAAAAAGUGUCACAGGUACGUGCAUAGCGUUACUUGUAGAACAGGAUUGACGCAAUCCACAAAGGCCUCAUUUUCAACUCAUCUGUUAAAAUAACUUACAAAUCGCGUUUUCCGCUGAUCUGGAAUCUCAACACCAUUUUCCAGUAGUUUCAAUAUGUGAUUCAGCUUUGAAUGUCAUUCACAUGUUCGCUCAUAAGAUAUAAUGGUGUUUUCCUCUUUGUCCAUAAACGUGUCAGCUGCACAAUUAUUUGGACGUUUGCGCAACGGGAUUUUGUUGUUGUAAGAAACAAAUUUGUCACUAGCGAACGUGGGGGAAAGUCACUCAUGUGUUACAACGUGGACUGCAGAUAACAGAGUUACGCAGUAUCUACUGACCAACAAGAGAACAGAAUUUCCCACUUCAAACUGAGUGCAGUGACUAAUAUGAGUUACCUUAAGAACAAUCUCACUGAAAGCAUGUCAACAUGAUACACAUUUUGUAAUAAGAAAGAAGACUUCAACUUGUGUUUGCGUGUUAGAGACUGAACAAAGAGUUAAUUAGUGUCUCCGAAAAGUUUUUACUCUCAGUUACGUAACUACAUGUCGACUGUAUAAUCCAUAAUACUUGUAAAUAUUUGUAAAUCAUAUUUUUAAUUUAACAUUGCAUUGUAUGAGGUCAGUAAAUUCCUUCAGUUAAAUGUUUAAACUGGUGCUAUGUGUCUGUUAAGUGUGUGCUCUGUACAUAAUAAUGUGGUUGGGUAAAUUUUGCUAUGUGACUGUAAAUAUCUAUGUGUUUAAAUAUGAAGCUAAAAAAUUUAUCAUAAGGAUACAGAAAAUGCCGAACAUUAAUUGGACAAUGUAAACAGAGAUAUCUGUAUUGAGUGUUACUGGGUAAGCGAUAUGGUUCCUUCAUUCACCAUCUGCCUGAGGAAUUAAUUCAGAAAGGACUGAAGCGAAGCUGGUUAUAUGUCUGAUGUGGGGAGUCAAGGAAUCACUAACCUGCACUAGACCACUUAAGUACUGAACUACUGUACAAAUAACUGUGGCCCACUAAGAAGCAAAUACUCGAAACUGAUCUUGUACUCUUUGCGAUGCGUGAAUGUGAGCUUUUCCAUGAUGCUUGUCCAGCCAGUGAACAAAAGACCAGAUUUGACCCUCACUUUGGGCUGUUUAUUCAAUCUAGAGCUAAAGCCUCUCGAUUGAACAUCUCAGGCAUUUGCUGUAAAAUUUGUGUUUAUAGCUUUAUACUGAGUUUAUGGCAACCCCACAUACGUGCAUCUUGUUUGCAAUCGUAUUUUUCCCAAACUGCUACUGGUGUGAUAUAUUCGAAGCUGAAGAGGACUAGUCAAAAUGAUGCUAAUAAUUUGCUACACCAUUAGGGUGGUACUAUUUUCUUGAGGUACAUGAAAACAAAAUUACAUUUUUCGUCAUGGCAGUGAUCACCAUUUUGUAUUGUGGAGGAUUGGGUCAUUUUAGAGAGAAACACUGACUUCGAUGAGCUGAAUAACCUUAAAAAUCUGAUUUUCAUUCAGCUUAUACCCACUGCAGGAGAAAAGGAUAAUCAUAUAUACCGAAUGAGGGACGUUUCUAUUUGACCUAGUUUGGACUAUGCUACAUGUCAUUCUUUAAUAACAGUUUUAUCACUACGUAAGAUCUAAAUGCUAGGCAUGGUUAUUACCGUUAUUACCUAAUCGAUUAAAUGGAAACUAACUUUACAAGCAGAAUAAGGAAGCAAACACGCAGUAUGAUUAAAAUAACACUCUGGGUCAGAGUGUGAAAUGUUUUGAAACUUAACGACAGAUAAAAGCUGUAUGCCUGUCAGGGACACAAACCUAAAAACCAGCCCUAGAUGGUCGAUGCUGUUACCAACCGAGAUAUCUAGGCAUGGCCCACGACCUGCCCUCACAGUUUUACCUCGAACAGUACCUCUCUCCUACCUUCUAAAUACCAAAGAUAUUGUUCUGCAUAGCUGGCAGUACUGACACUCCUGGAAUAAAAGAUACUUUGCAGACAUUGCUUAAGCACAGAUUAUGGGAUAUUUUACACAAUGAAUCUUUCAUUGUGUAGCAGAGCAUGCACUGAUUUGGCACAUUCAAAGUAGCAGAGUACGCUCCAAUAAAGAGUUAAAGUGUUAUUCGGGAAGUAGUCACAUACACUGUUCCAUCUUGCUUGCCCACUGGUGGGCGGCAAAGCGCCUAUAUUCACAGAAAAUGGGUAACAGUUGUUGUGUAAUCAGUAAGGCUCCCUAGGUGUAGUGUACGGGGCAGCAUGCAGACCGGGUUGGCCAAGUGGUUUGCACAUGUACUGUAAGUGUGUAACAGGGCCAUCUUUCCUAAAACUGAAACUCAUCACCAGACAAUGAGCGAACUGAAGGGCACUUGGCAGUGCCGGCACUCAAUGAAUGUAAGGGGAAUGGAGGGAGGAUGUUAAAUAGACAUGCAUAGUUACCCUACUGAUCUGACAUAAUUAAGACGUGGCACCCCAAAUUAUUAUCAAGGAUUUUUUAGCUACAAAUUUCAACAAGAGACACAAUUAGUUUGGUUUUUUACAGUAUAGUAUAACAUACAAUUUCUGACAAAUAUUAAUAGUGUUAAGCUAAUUCAUUGGCAAGGGGUUUAGAGUCUGAUACUAAACAACAUGUAUCGGGAAGAUACGAUAAAAUUCUUGCCGAAAGAUUAGUAUUAAAUGGCGAAUAGUGCAAUAGCAGCGUAUGCGUUUCGAACUAUGGCUGGACCUGGAACAGCGUCGACCGUCAAUCCGCAUGUAAUGCUUCAGAAUGAAGCUUGAAUUACUGAAACUCAGUAAAAAUGACACACCUGUCCGCACAGUUCGCCUCGCUGGUGUGGAUAGGACUCCACCUGCAGGUGGAGGCUGAAGUCAUUAGCUUCUACUAACAGUUUACCUCUGCGGCUAAAUUCCAACCAACCAGAAAAAUUUCUAAGUCACCCAAGAUGGAAGAGCUGUCAGGCUACAGAGAUGCUCCGCAAUGAUGACUCCUGAGGACAUAGUAAUCCAUUCCAUGUGAUUCCUAAAACUGAAAUCCAUGACUCUGCAUUUUUCGUUCAUCACAUCAUUUUGCCUGACUGAAGUAUGGAUAUUUCGAGUGCCAGCCAGCGGAAAGAUGUCUUAAGAGAUGGUGGUUUCUUUUCCUGGCUGUGAUUUCAGGUGGUUAACCAGUAACAUGCUCCAUAACACUUGAUGCUGAAAAACCGUGUCCUCCUCUCUUUCCGUCUCUGUCUAUGGCCAAUGAGGAUGAACCUCUGUAGCACAGCUGCGCUGCUCUAUUUAACUAUCAACUUAUUUAUGUUGCACAUUCGUUACAGCUCUUGCAUUGAGUUAAACAUUUCUGUCAAGCAGCGUCUAAGCUCAGUGUUGUGUCCCAUGUCCUCAAAGGUCUCCUAACUACCUUGGUCCUCAGUCCGCUUUCGAAUGUGCAAUAGCCGUCGAUGCAUUUUGAAGAAGCCAGCUUUUUAUGGUUCUGUUCACGAAAGUGUUCUUCCUGGUCUUGCCAAGAAGUGCAAAUCACCCACUUCUAUAUGCAGGUUGUUAAAAAUACUCUGCUAGUUCGCAAGUACCACAGCAGAUAGUAUCUGCAUUUUUUCUCGUGUUAUUUGGUACCCAAUGGCAGCUUCCUCAAAUUCUUAGUGGGUCUGACUGUAUGAUACUGACCCUGCAGUUCUCUACGAGUCCCCUCCAUUCAUUCUCCUAGGGUGGUCCACCCGCUCAAUCAACAUGGCCUUCUGCUGGUCCACUUGCUUACAGCCCAGUGCAAUAUACUGUCAUAGUGGCAUCUUAUGUGGGAGAACAUGAAGUCCAGUAAAAAAAUUUAAUCUAUGUUAGUUAAGCAUUGGUAAACACUGCUACUAAUUCACACCUCAGUCAUUGAUUGGGAUUAAUUACUCAGAUCUGACUUACCUUUUUAAUUCUGGUUUUAUAUGAGUUACGGGACAAUUUACGAAAAAAUGUUUACAUAAAAUUGGGCAGUGGUGCAAUAGCCUUUGAGGCGACGAUUAAACUUCUCCGCAAUGUCCUUUCAUCCAGGAGUGCUAGUUCCGCUAGUCGUGCACCAGACUUCUGUGAAGUUUGAAGGGUACGGGAGAGGUUCUGUCGGAAGUCAGACCCUAUGGACAGGUCAUGAAUCACGCAUGGAUAUCUCAGGAGGAGCAUUGCCCGAAUAAGGCGAGGUUCGUUUUUCAACUCUCCCUCAGGGACGCUGUUUUAAUCUGCCAGGAAUUUUAAGAGGAGCUGUAACCUAAAACUGUAUUAACAGUACCCGAUCAGGCAAGAAGUAAAUUAUGACUACCGCUAAUAUACGAUUACAGCCGUCCGCUGCUACCAGCAGCAUCCAACAUCUACAGAUGCAAGGAAUACACGAGCAGUCCCCCGCUAAUACAGUUUUUAUUACGACAAGAGUGAUGUAGACAGGGUACUGGAAGAGUUAUUUCAGCAUUUUACUGUGAAGCGAUUCCGCCGUGUAAGUUCGUCCCAAGUUUCGGUCCUGGAGCGGCGUCCUCAGUGUGUGGUGAGGUCAGACGCGCGGUCAGCGGCAGCUGCGCCCCGAGAUGAGCCCCUUCGCGGUCGCCAGUCGCCCCUGACCGCCCUGCGCCUCGGAGGCACAGUGUGUGAGUCUUUAUGUUUGUAAAUCUGUAUAUAUCUCUUACGAACGACGCUUAAAUUUGUAUAAAACAUAAUAAUAGACAGAUAUUUUGGACUGUGUUAACUGACUGGAGCUAAAUGUUUGUUCAUGUACAAAAAUAUUAAUUACAUGUGUGUUAAAAGUGUCAUACGAAAAAAUUUUAAGGAUUUACUGCGAAGUAGUAAUAUGGCUGUAAAAAGAAUUAUGGUCUUCUCAAGAGCUUUUGUAAGUGUGGUGUAAUAAUAAACCUGUACUUCUCUGGUUGAGACUGGGCAGCCCUGUUGCUGUCUUCUGUAGCCAAUUCCUGUUUAUGAAGCAUGUCCUGUUCACCAUGCUACUGUGUGGCCUGCAGAAUACACUAAAUAUAAUAAAUUCCCUUUUAAAUUGUCAA